GUCUGAACGGGACGAAAUGUCAGCAGGACAGCAGGUUGAUCAAGACCUCAUGGAGACACCACAGCUGAUGAAAGACAUUUUGCAGCUGUGCAUAGACAGACAGAAAGACGAGCUGCACAGUUUGAGUCGAGACAUUUGGAGCCGACCUGAACUCGCUGGUAACGAGACGCACGCGCACGACAGGCUGGUGCGCUUCUUCUCUCAGGACCAAACAUGGACGGUGGAAACUCACUACAAGUUACCGACCGCUUUCCGGGCCAGCUGGGGUCCGGUCGGUGGUGGCGGUGGUGGGGAGAGGGAGCCCGCGCUGAAGGUGCUGAACGUGGGGUUCCUGUGUGAGUACGACGCGCUUCCGGGUAUCGGACACGCGUGCGGACACAAUCUGAUCGCAGAGGUGGGAGCUGCAGCCGCUGUGGGGCUGAAAGCUGCUGUCGAGAGUCAGACUGAGCUGCCUCAACCAGUGAAGAUAACAGUUCUGGGAACUCCUGCAGAGGAGGAUAUGGGAGGAAAGAUCGACCUGAUCAAGGCAGGAGCCUUCGCUGACAUCGAUCUUGUCUUCAUGGCUCACCCGGCUCAGCAAGAUGCUUCAUUCCUGCCCUGUGUCGCUCUCGAUGAAAUGUUAGUGAAGUACCACGGGAAAGCAUCUCAUGCCUCUGCAUAUCCUUGGGAGGGAGUGAAUGCCCUGGAUGCUGCUGUGCUGGCCUAUAACAACCUCUCUGCACUCAGACAGCAACUCAAACCAGACUGGAGGCUUCACGGCAUCAUCAAACAUGGAGGGGUGAAGCCCAACAUUAUCCCUGCCUACACUGAGUUAGAGUUUUAUCUGCGCACGCCGCUGGUUAAGGAUCUUUGUGACCUGAAGGCCAAAGCUGAAAGUUGCUUCAGGGCAGCUGCUGUCGCCACUGGCUGCCAAGUGGAGAUCAUAUACACAUCUCAUUGCUACCAUAACAUCCUGCCUAAUGCCACACUGGCAAAUCUGUAUGAAACUAAUGGAAAAUCUUUGGGGAUGCAGUUUCCAGAGCAGCCAGCCAAAUUCACUGGCUCUACAGACUUUGGCAAUGUAUCAUUCAUAGUCCCCGGCAUCCAUCCUUUCUUCUACAUCUGCACCGACGCGUUAAAUCACACGGAGGAAUACACCGCAGCAGCAGGAGCUGAAGAGGCCCAGUUGUUCACCCUGAGGACAGCCAAAGCUUUGGCGAUGACAGCUGUGGAUGUAGUGUGCUGCCCUGUUCUGCUGCAGCAAGUGAGAGAGGACUUCAGCCUGGCCAAAGUGAGGCAGGAGAAAUCUGUAGAUACGGCUUCGACAGCUCCAUAAAUACUGAGACCUUAAUAGCAGUUAUAGGAUGUUUUACAGCGGACGAGUUCGUCAGGGUCAUGUUGGGCUUUAACUCAAAAGCACAUGUUUUUAAACAGCACUACCAACAGUUUGUAUGGUUGUAGUUGAAAGAUAAAGCUGUUAAACUAUUCUCAGUGUGACAUAUAAUAUUUAAGACAGCAGGGCCUAUGCUGCCUUCAUUAGACUGGACGAGCUCAGAUUAGAACCGAUUCUGUUGCUUGCAGUUUGAUAUCAACAUGGGUACCAUGAAUUGUAAAAAGGUGCCUCUGCAUAUUCAAGUGAUAAUGAAUUAAAUACCACUACAAUUUUAAAUAGAAGAAAAAUUAUAUUUGAUUCUUAUUUGAAACUAAGCCAUAUUAAUUAUAAUUAAGUGUAUUUUUUUUCGCAGUUGUUAGCCAUGGCUCUAGGAAUAGUAAAGUCUGCUGGCUGGUUUGUCCACUUUGAUCCAGACAUAAAUGAUUCAACAUAUUGGAUGAAUUAAGAUGACAUUCUGUACAAACCAGGACUGUAGAAGCUUAUUUAACAGCGGGGGAAGACCAUUUUCAAAUAUGCGACCCAACCUGAAAGGGGGGCUUGAGGGGAAUUUACUCCAUGAUAUUUUUUUUAGAAACUAACAGCUAAACAAAAAUUUUUGAUUAUGCAAAUAAUGCUAAAUGAAAGAUUAAGUUAUUAUAUUUAGCAUUACAACCCCUGCUCACAUACUUCUUUUUCAGCGUCACGCUGCUGUGCCUCAUGAAUCCUCUUAACAAAAGCGAGCGAGGCUGUAACGUAGUGCCUUUCCUUUUAUAUUGCAACAGACUUGAAUGUGUAUCUGAGCGUGUUUAGGUGAAGCACAGUCUCUACCUAUUUUGAGGGGGAUGCGUGAAAUAACUCACCAUCUCUCAUGGAUGCUGCUCCGUCCUCUCUUUGGCCAGAUCACGCUUGUUGUCGUUCAUGCGCAGGUGUAUAUGUACGCUAACAUUUGGCAAAAACCAUCAGUCAUUUCUUCUCCAGCGUCUCCCUCGUGGCAUCUGUGCAGUUCACAGGCCUCCAGAGCGCACACCUGUUUUCCCCAGGUGACUUUAACUAGCUGCUAAUCAUUCACCACACCCCCAAUUGGAUGUAGGUGCUGAACCUGCCUCCUAAAAGACAGUUACCUUUAUAGAAUUAACAACAGUAUCCACAUAUUAUAAUAUAAUAUAAUACCCAAUAUAAUAUGGGUCUUCUUGAUGGAUUUCCAAGCAGUUUUUGAAACUUGCAUAUACACAUUUUUAAAUGGCAUGUGACAAUCACAACCACUAUUUUUAAUAAUGGCUCACAUCCUGAGCAUAUUUGAAUAUUUUAAGGGGAAGCAUCCCUUCCAAAUGUAGAUCAGAAUUACAGUCUUGGUCCAAACAUUCAUGGUGCUGCGAUUGUGAAACCUGGCUCUGGUGACUGACACAUGAGACUGACACACUACAGUCUCACAGAGUUGCAAACAUGGCUGCAGACUUUGUUUUAGGAAGUUUGAUUUGAAGUUGUUUCAUUGAUGAUGAUGUAGGUAUUAAAUGUGUUGGUUGUAUAAUGUCGCUCAUUCACUUUAAAUCUUUAUCUUAACAUCAAGAACAACCAUUAACCACCAUUACUAUAAAUACUAGCAUCAGAAUGUGAUUUUCUGUCAUGACCACGAGCUUUUUCCUGACAUGACCUGACCAAGAAGCUGUGCUGCUCUGAGUUCUGCAUCUCUGCACAAUCCCAUUGACUUAUUCACUCAUUGAGAUUUCUGGGUGCGCUUUCACCAGCACACAGGUCGAUUCAAAACCUUGGUUUCCCUUGAGUGGUCACAGAUGUGUUUGCAAACCUGGCUCUGAACAUCUUUUUGAUGAUUAUCCUUUUAUGUGUUUCUACCACAGUGAAGCCUUUGUUAACAUUUUUUGAAGGAUGACUGGGCGCAAAGUUUAAAUUGUCAGCUUGUCUUUGGGACAUUACUGGAAUAAAACGAAGGUAAAACAUUCAACAUUAUCCACACUUUUGCCUGUAAGAAAUCAGAAAAUUGGCUUCAUCUAAUAAAUAUAUACAGUACAUCCCUUUACAUCACAUGUGAGCAGUUAAUGGUAUUACAGAAUAUCCAGUUUAUAUGAUUUGGUAUGAAAGCUCAUCAGUAAUCAGACCUGGAGCUUGUGGCAAUCCAACGUCUAAUAACUGUGAAAGCUUAUCCUCCAGCACUGUUUAAAUAUUCUGUAUGAGAGAGCAGAAAAACAGGAUCAAAAUUUAGGACCAAGACUUCAUAGGUCGUACCAGAAAAAUGUCGGCAAAUGCUGUGUCUGUUAUUUGUGUUUAUAGGUGAUUUGAAUUGUCUGUAGGAGCAAUAGUUUUCUUUUUUUUUUAAAGCAAAAUCAAGCCAUGCAUCUCAACCCAUUUACAACUGUACUUACUAAAUGUGUUACAUGUAUCAUUGAAGCUCUGCUCAAAUUUCACAUUUUCAGAAAACAAAACAUUUAUUAAACAUUUUUCCUCAUAUAUAACA